AUGCCCUUCACCUUUGAUUCAGAAGCUGUUUGUGGUAUCAAACUGACUACUUCCGCCGGUGUCCUGGUAGCGGCUGCUACUUCUGCUUCUACUGCUACCACUGCUACUACUGCUGCCGUCGAUGCUACCACCACUGGCGACUCCAAGUCCUCAAGUGCACCUGCCUCUACUACUUCAGCGGCAUCUUCGACUGUUACCUCAGGGACUUCUUCUGCAGGAAACCAAACGACCUCAGGCACUUCGGCGCCGACUCCUACUACCAAUGGUGCGCCAGGAAAGGCAGCCAUCUGGAACGCCGUCAUGAUCCUAGUUGGUGUGUCCGCUGCAUCAAUGUGGUGA